GACCUGCGAGGCAUUAUGGGAAAAUCACGAUCGUCCAUGACAAGUGACCAUUGUUACGCAUUUUCCCUAAAAACAUAUAAACAUUGCUAAAGUUUUCCAAGUUAGAAAUAGAAAUACCGAAAAAGAAAACCGGGAGGUUACGGGCAAAAGUCCUGUUAAUUCCUCGCGCGCCAUGUUUUGAUGUGUACGAAGAAAACUCAUGAGCAUCGUCGAAGCAACCCAAUUAAUACUAGACGUCAAAUAAAUAUUUACAGUGUACUUGUUGAAGAACGGACAAUAUUCUGGUGAUUUAGUGCGAGAAAUGUACGACGACACGGACCUGCCAGAGAACCCUCCUGUUUACAACAGGGGGGACGUCGUAUGGGUCAAGCUGAGCGGUUUUUGGUGGCCUGCGGAGGUUAAAAAUCCCGAAGACAUGCCAGAAGAUAUAUUGUCGCAAUUCAAAAAGCCCCCCCUCGUUAUAGUCAAGUUUUUCGACGAAGAUUCUUAUGAAUUUAUCAAAAAUUGGGCUCAGAUUUAUCCAUACAAUUGUGACAAGAAGAGCGACUUUAUCAAUAAAGGAAUGGCUGCUUUCCGAUCUAAGGCAGUGCACAUGUCGAAGUUUCCCAAAGAUAUAGGCACAGCAGAAGAAAAAACUGACGGGAACCCAAACAUUCUCUCUUUGCCUGAGUUUCUACCAGUGAAAAAACUUAGCUACCAUGAGAUAGUCGGUCAGAAUCCGAAUAAAAAGUCUCCUAAAAAGCUGUCUUCUAUUAGUAAAAAAACACCGAAUAAGAGUUCAACAGAGCCGAUUAUAACGCAUAGACGUUUCUUGGGCAAGAACGAUUUCAGGGCAUUUAUUAUGCUGCAAUAUCCGGCAAAGGACAGACUGUACAGUAGCGACGAGGAAGAAAUCAAGAAAUUGAAUGAGGAACCUAAGGAAUAUAUACAGUGUGGUACUUGUUCGUUUGAAACUAAGAGGAUAGAGGUUAUGAUUUUGCAUACAAAAUUGCAUACUAAAGAUGACAUCCAACAGUCACCAACCAAAAGAAAACCAGCAAAACUGAAAGAAGAGGUCCCCAGCGACUCGGAGUCUGAAUCUGAAGCCGUACAACCCUCUAAGCCGAAGCAGAGGAGAAAACGACAGCCCAAAGCCAAGGUUACCACCACCUUCAGCAAGAUUUUGGACGAGUGGGACGACAGCGACGCCGACGACGAGAAAAAGGACGACGGGGAAUCCCCGAAGAGCGACAAAGAAGAGAAUGAAGAGGAAGAAUCAAAGGCUGACUCGAAGCACGAAGGUUCCGCCUCGCCUGUUCCCGUGAAAAACACGCAGGAGGAUAUUAAAAAUUGUUUUGAUUUCGAUGAAGAGGAGGAGGAGGAGGAGAUUAUGCUGCCCGCGUCGCUCGGUAGGAAAAUUCCCAGGGUUAUUCCGGAGAAGCAUAAGCCGAGCAUUUCCGAGCUGUUGGAGCAGGAUAAGGAGUCUGAGAAGGUGGAGUUGUCUGAAACAGGUGACAAUAAGAAGCCAGAAGAAAACACAAUUGAACCGAACAAAUCGGAAGACAGCCAAAAAGAAACUUCCGAUGAGAAACCCGUCGAAGAUCCUUCCAAAAACUCCUCAGAACCCGACGACACCAUAGAAAAAGCCUUCAAAGAGCUGAUGGAAGAGACGUCCGUGCCGAAAAUAGACGAUAUCGACAGCAAGUUGAAACCGGAGCAAAAUUUUCAUGAUGCCAGCACCAUAAAAUUUCCUGACAAAGGUGGCACCGCCGCCACCACGUCCAAACAGCCCAAAAAGAAGUUUAUUACGUCGUUCGACGCCUUUGAAGCUGGCUUCCGCAAACUGGAAGCUGAAAACCACCGGAAAAAGACGGAUAUUCCUGAAAAUUCGCUUCAAGUAACUGAGGAAAAGGUUGAAAAACAGGAUAGAAGAAAAUCUAGGGGCAGGGAAGAUGUAACAAGUGAGAAGAAGCUCGAAAACCGAAGAAGCAAAGAGGAAUCUAAACAUUUCGCUGUUGAAGAACCAAAAGAAAUCUUCGAUUUCGACGGGGAAGAGCCCAACAUCAAGCUGAUGCAGACCCAGAUUGAAGAAAAGUCCGCAGAUAACCUUAGAAGCAGGAAAUCAAGGAACAAAAAGCAUGUUGAAGAAUCACGGUCUUCUCCAAAAACUGAAGAAACGUUGGAGAAUAACACAUCUUUGAUUCCUGAAGAUACUACCAAAGGAAGAAGAAAAAGUAGAUGGAGUACACAGCAAAAAAGGCCGUCGGAGCAGGCUGCUUUCGAUGGGCCAGUCACCGCGGAGAUAUCUAUCGAAAAUUUAAGAAAUUCGGUCAGCCAAAAGCUGGAAUCCAGGCCGGUUGAAGUUAGGGCCAGAACGAGUCGCGGUAAGAAAGAACCGAAAGAAAAAACAGUUGUGGAUAAGCAAAAGAUCAAAGACGAAGAACAAACAAUUUUAGAUGAAGAGCCUCAAGUUCAAAAGGAAGAUCUUCAGAAAGAUGACGCUCCUGUUGAAAAUAACCAAGAACCAGAAAAAAUCGACGAGAAAACAGAUACUGGUCUUGAAAUCGAAGAAAAUAAAUCUGAGUUUGUUCCAGAACCUGUAAAAAGCGAGGAGGUUCAUGUAGCGCGCCGAGGAAGACCUAGAAAAAGUCACAUAUCGAAGAAAGAACUUGCUCCGGUCAAUAAUGAACACGCUCUCCCAAUUGAAGAUACCAAUUCUGUUCCAGCCAAACCUGAAGUUGAACCAGAGUCAAAGGUUGAUGACAUUACUGAUAAACCAACUCUUCCUGGUCCUGAAGCUCUUCCUGUCGACCUUCCGGCAACCGAAAGUUCAGAAAUUGUUACUGAACCCCAAGAAACCAUUGUUGAGGAAGCCCAAGAACUUGAUCAGCAAUUAAAAGUUAGAAGAGGAAGAUCGAAGAAGAGAGACAGUACUUUUAGGCCUGAAACUGAAGAUGCUGUACCUUUAGAAACGCCAGUCGCUCUCGAGGAAGCUCUGAUAGAACAGGAAAUUGUUCCUGUUGAACCACAAUCAACUGAAAUAGUCCCAACAGUUGAGGAAAACUUAGAAAUCGUUGCUGAAUCCCAAGAAUCAGUAAAGGAAGUCCAAGAACCUGAGCAGCAAAAGAUUAAAGGUAAGAGAGGAAGACCGAGGAAGAGAGACAGCAUUCCUAAGUCUGGAACUGAUGAUACUGUAUCAUUAGAAAUACCAAUAGCUGUUGAAGAAGCUCAAGAAGAAAUACAAGCUGUUCCCGUUGAAUCCCCCUCAACAGAUAUUGUACCAUCACAGCAAGAAAUCUCGGAAAACGUUGUUGAACAUCAAGAACCCGUUGAAGUAGUUCUAGAAGCUGAACAUCAAAAGAUUAAAGGUAAGAGAGGGAGAUCUAAGAAAAGAGAGAGCACUUCUAAACCUGAAUCUGAUGAUACUGUACUAUUAGAAACGCCAGUACCUCUUGAAGAAGCUCUAGAAAAAACAGAGGCUGAAAAAACAAAAAUUAUUCUUGAAACACAGCAAGAGAUCUCGGAAAACAUUGUUGAACUUCAUGAACCCGUUGAAGUGGUUCAAGAAGCUGAACAUCAAAAGAUUAAAGGUAAGAGAGGGAGAUCUAAGAAAAGAGAGAGCACUUCUAAACCUGAAUCUGAUGAUACUGUACUAUUAGAAACGCCAGUACCUCUUGAAGAAGCUCUAGAAAAAACAGAGGCUGAAAAAACAAAAAUUAUUCUUGAAACACAGCAAGAGAUCUCGGAAAACAUUGUUGAACUUCAUGAACCCGUUGAAGUGGUUCAAGAAGCUGAACAUCAAAAGAUUAAAGGUAAGAGAGGGAGAUCUAAGAAAAGAGAGAGCACUUCUAAACCUGAAUCUGAUGAUACUGUACUAUUAGAAACGCCAGUACCUCUUGAAGAAGCUCUAGGAAAAACAGAGGCUGAAAAAACAAAAAUUAUUCUUGAAACACAGCAAGAGAUCUCGGAAAACAUUGUUGAACUUCAUGAACCCGUUGAAGUGGUUCAAGAAGCUGAACAGCAAAAGAUUAAAGGUAAGAGAGGAAGACCUAGGAAAAGAGAGAGCAUUUUUAGGCGUGAAAUUGACGAUACUGUACUGUUAGAAACGCCAGUAGCUGUUGAAGAAGCUCUAGCAGAAACAGAGGCUGUUCCUGUUGAGACCCCAUCAACAGAAAUUGUUCAAACACAGCAAGAAAUCGCGGAAAACAUUGUUGAACUUCAAGAACCUGUUGAAGUUGUUCAAGAAGCUGAACAGCAAAAAAUUAAAGGUAAGAGGAGAAGACCUAGGAAGAGAGACAGCACUCCUAAGUUUGAAACUGAUGAUUCUGUAAUAUUAGAAACGCCAGUAGCUCUUGAAGAAGUUCUAGAAAAAACCGAACCUGUUCCUGUCGACCCCCCAUCAACAGAAAUUCCAGAAACACAGCAAGUGAUCUCGGAAAACAUUGUUGAACUUCAAGAACCUGUUGAAGUGGUUCAAGAAGCCGAACAGCAAAAGAUUAAAGGUAAGAGAGGAAGACCUAGGAAGAGAGACAGCACUCCUAAGCUUGAAACUGAUGAUACUGUACUGUUAGAAACGCCAGUAGCUCUUGAAGAAACUGUAGAAGAAACAGAAGCUGUUCCUUUUGAACCCCCAUCAACAGAAACUGUUCAAACUCAGCAAGAAAUCGCGGAAAGCAUUGUUCAACUUCAAGAACCCGUUGAAGCUGUUCAAGAAGCUGAACAGCAAAAAAUUAAAGGUAAGAGAGGAAGACCUAGGAAGAGAGACAGCACUCCUAAGCUCGAAACCGAUGAUACGCCAGUAGCUGUUGAAGAAGCUCUAGAAGAAAUAGAAACUGUUCCUGUUGAACACCCAUCAACAGGAAUUGUUCAGACACAGCAAGAAAUCUCUGAAAAUAUUGUUGAACUUCCAGAACCCAUUGAAGUGGUUCAAGAAGCCGAACAUCAAAAGAUUAAAGGCAAGAGAGGGAGACCUAAGAGGAGAGACAGCACUCUUAAGCCUGAAAAUGAAGAUACUGUACCAUUUGAAACACCAGAAGUUGUUGGGGAAGCUCUGGUAGAACAAGAAGCUAUUAAUAUUGAACCAGUAUCAACAGAAAUUAUUGAAACACAGCAAGAAAUCUCUGAGAAUGUUGUUGAGUUUCAAGAACCUGUUGAAGUGGUUCAAGAAGCUGAACAGCAAAAGAUUAGAGCUAGAGGGAGAAGGUCUAAGAAAAGAGACAGCACCUCUAAGUCUGAACCUGAAGAUACAGUACCUUUAGAAAUACCACCAGCUGUGAAUGAAGAUUCUGUAAAAGAACAAAACGAAGAAAUUAAAGAAAUUGAUGCUGUAAUUUCUUCUGAUGAGGUUGUUAAAGAUAUCAUUGAAACGCCUGCCUCUAUACCUGAACUGAAUCUUCCUCAAGACGAAAUUGUUAUACCGCCAGAACCUGAGGUUAUUGAAGAAGUAGUUCACGAAACCAGGUCUGAAGAUGCUAAAGAAAGUGAUAUUUCUUCAGAUAACGAAGGUGCUUUGAGUAUAGACGAAAAACCUGAAGAAGUCAAACCUAAAAAAGGUAGAGGGAGACGCAGGAAGCACUCUCUAAUCGACAAUCAAGAAGAAAACGAUGUUCAAUCGAAGAGCGUGCCUCCAAAGAAGAACAGGUGGAGCAGAAGAACUAGUCAAGAUAUUAAAGAUACGCCUGUUGCUAUACCUGAGCCCGAUCUUCCUCAAGAAGAGGUCGUUGUCCCAUCAGAGCCUCAGGUUGUUGAAGAGGAAGUUAUCGAUACUAAAGAAAGUGAUAUUGUUUCUUCGGACAAUGAUGGCGCUUUGAGUAUAGACGAAAGACCCAAGAAAGGUCGAGGAAGACCUAGAAAACAUUCCCACAUCGAGAACCAGGAAGAGCCCGAGGUUCAAACGAAGAUCGUGCCUCCGAAAAAGAACAAAUGGAGUAGGAGAAGCAGUCAGAACAAGAACGACGUUUAUCACAGUGAAGAAACGGAGAUGAUUGGGGAAGAAACUAUUGAAAAUAGAUUGGAAAAGAUGAACGAAGAGAGGAGUUUGGACGAGUUGAUUCUUCCUUUGAAGAAAUCGAAAAGGGUUAAUGACAUGACAGCUUUGAUGGAGGAAGAGACCAAAAAGAACUCUGUAGAAUCUUUAGAAAAGGUUCCAGAAACGAAUAAUUCUUCGUCUGAAGAUGUUAUUGAUGAAAAGAAACCAGAAGAUAGUUCUUCAAAGAUUACAGAAGCUAAUGAUAUUUUCAAAUGCGUUCCGCCAAAGAAGAAGAAGAUUGAGCCUAUUGAUAUACAGGACACUAAAGAGGAAGAUACUAUUCCUCAACCGCCCAAAAAGAAGAUUCAGAAACUGUUUGAAACGGCUCAGGCUUUGGAGAAGAACGAUAUGCUGAUGUCGCCUUUAGCAAAGAAGAAGAGCUUCCUAUUCAACCAGGAAGAAUACCAGCCAGAAGUUAAAACUUCUGAAGAAAACCAUACUUCAACUGAAUUAUUACAGCCUGAAGCAAUUGAAGUAGAAGUACCAAAGACCACCGAAGAUCACGGAGAGAAAUCUCAAACAGAAGAAGUGAGGAACGAAGUGGACGUAGACGAGUUCUUCAAUUUGCCUAAGAAAAAAGAAGAGCAACCUGUCGUUGAAGAAGAUAAGUCUGAAACUGUCAAAGAUCUUGCAGAAGCAAAAUCUGAAGAAAACAUCUUGAUCCCAGCUAAUAUACCUCUUCUACCUGAACCUGAGCUUGUUCCAAUCGAAGGCACUCUCACCGUGAUGUCUGAGAAGGAUUUGGCAGAUGCUCAGGUCGAAAUCACGCCAGAUAAAGUGAUCAGUGAGAAAAAACCGAUGACUUUGGGCACUUUCUCCAUGGAUUUCGAUCAAGUACUGUCUCCGAAGAAGGAGGAGCUUCAGACAGCGCUGAAAGAUAAAGAUCCAUUAAAGGCUAAUGCUUACAAGCAUAAAUCAGAGCUGCUGGAUAUCUUGGAGGGUAAUAAUUCUGACUCUAGCAGCUCAGAAAGCAAGCUGAAACCGAACACUGUUGAGCAGCCAGUCAAAAAGAAACCGGUCCUGGGUAGUAGUAUGUUUGAUUUUGAAGAUGCCAUACCCUCUCAGAUAGUGCUGGCUAGUAAGGCCACUGGUGACAAUGUGAUAUUGGAGUCGCCCAAGUUGUUGGAGAGGUUAUCUAUGCCUGGCGAACAGCCGAAGAAAAUUAAUAUACAGAGUGACAUCAAAAUAGAGAAAAAGAUUACGAAGCCAGUUGUGAAUAAGAGUUCUAAGGCUGUGGUUACACCCAAACCUGGCCCAAAAAUAAUCAUUAAGGCAGCUAAAUCUUCGGUUAAGUCGGGAAGCAAGCCCAUCAUUUUAUCUGAACAAAUAAUCAGGCCGGCCAAUACGACGCCCACACCUAAGGCUCCACCGCAAGGUGUUAAAAGACAGUUUGAAGAUGUGGAGGACAUAGAAACGGCCUUUGUUAUACCAAAAAUAGCUAGAAAAUCGGUAGAAAAGGAGGUUAUAGCAGUCACUCCUGAGAAAGGUCACAAAACGAAAGCGGCCACCUCCAAAUCGAACGCCAAAGCGAAAAUUUUGCAACAGACUAUCAGAACGCCUAAAGGGGAAAUCAUCCAACCACAACAAACAUCAACCACCACCAACACAACAACAAUCCAAUCGACACCACUCGCCGACGACACGGUUUUCGACAUUAAUUCAAUGCCUAUUGUUCUUUCCGACGACCUGCUCACGCCAGAAAGCAUCCAGAACAUGCCGGUGGUACUUACCGAGCAAGUACAAGCGAAAGUACUGCCUGAGAAGCCGGCAACGCCAUCUUUUAUCAAGAAAGUCGUCACGAACGUCACACCGAAACAACAGAUUAUUUUCAAGACUACCCAGCCAGGUUCAGGCACGCCUCUGACAGGCAAACAAACUACCAAACCCAGGAUUUUAAGCGGGUCUACUUCAGCUACCAAAAUAACCAGACCCGCACCGACAGCUUUGCUAGCUACCGGUACUUCGAUUGACGGAAAACCCACCAAAUACGUCUUCGUACCAUCCUCCAUGACCUCGACUAUACCUCAGGGUAAAACUAUAAAAACGGUGGUGAGGAAACAGAGUGCUGUCCAGGCCAAGCAAAACGUCCAAGCUACUGAGUUGGUGGGUCAGCAGCAGCCGGUAGGUAACAAGAUAAUGAUAGUGACGAAUCAGCACGGUCAGCAACACAGGGUGGUGCUGACGCCUCAGCAGCAGAAGGUGCUGAUGCAUGCUCAGAGCGGUACCAAGGUCACAAAAACCAUCAUUAAAGGCGGCAUACCGAAGAGCCUGGUGGAUUCUCCAAGUUCUAGCGGAAUUAUCUCAAAACCGACAGUCUCAACUCCAAGCGUAUCUUCUUCGGCAGUCUUGAAUCAAGGCCUGUUGAUUCCUGUAUCAAAAUCCAGCAAAACCACCCCAGUGCAAGGGAAAAAAGUGGUGCAGAAGGGCAAGCCUCAGAAAACGAUUCUGAUCAAAAAUCAGCUAGGUCAGACGGUGCGAAAAAUUCAGGGAACUGACGAUGCCGAGCUGGACAGACAGGUGGCUGAGCAGCUGGAAGCUAUAAAGGCUAGCGCCAGGCAGCAGCAAGCUAACAAAACUCCGGAAAUUUUGAAUUUCACCAACAGACUGGCCGCUGCCCCUAAGCCGGCUCCUAGGCGAGCCUACAUGAAGAAACCCGAGGUUAUCGUGAAGAAACCGGUGCCGAAACCGCUGGAACCGGCCGUGCCGGCCCUGACGCCUAUAACGCCUCCGCCGAAACCGGCGCCCGCUCCACAAACCGUUGCCAAACCGGCCGUCGCGCCGGAAAACCCGUCGGAAACGUUGCUGCAAGCGGCAACGGCGCCGAAUCAGACGGACGUCAAAGCGGGUAAAGCGGCCGAAGUGGGAAAACCGGACAGGCCGCUGAAUCAGCUGGUGAUACAGGACGCUCUAGGGAAUCAGACGACUAUAACAGAAGGUCAAAUACUAGCUCUACCAAGCGAAACUGUCGACGGCCAGCCCCAAUCCUACAUGCUGGUCACGCUGGACGAGACUGGCAACCUGACGCCCCUCAACAACGAAGCCCUCAUGUCCCUGGACCCUAGUCUCGGCCUGGGGGGCGACAUAAACAACGUAGUGCUGCAGGUGGACCAAGGCCAGGGCAUAGUAGCCGCUGUCAAGCCGGCUGCGCCUACCGUCGAAGCUUCGGCCUCCUCCGUGGAGAAACCGAAGAAAGCCGAGGACAAGCCGAAGGUGGAACCGAAGAAGACCGCGGUGCAGGAAAGUGUAACGAAGGUUGCCGAACCUGUGUUGGAACAAGUGGCUAAGUUGCCGGAGGCUUCGUUGACGGGUGCGGUGAGCGAAGCUGUGCAACCGUCACCUGAAGCUGCUUUGGGUGGUCAACAAUUGAUAGUAACCGGAGACCCGGUAGCCACUCAGAAAUUCCUGGAAUCCCUCUCGGACGGAACCACGGAUUUGGCAAAUAUUUUGGCCAGUGCGGAAGGGGGCAGUGUGAUAAUUCAAGCUGAUGGGCAGCAGAUUUUAAUCAAAACCAACGCAGGCGCUGAAGCCCAAGCCCUGCUGGGACUUCCAGAAACAGAUAAUCCAGAGGGAGCUGGCAACCCUGUAUUCGCCACCCACAAACCCAAUCAGGACAUUCUGGCAGCGGCCUUGGCCGAUACCGACGUUUUCCAGCAACCCCAGUCGCCCGUGCGAACGUCGCCAAUCAAGAGCCAGCUCAGUCCUGGAGGGGGCGGAGUCUCUACGCCCCUCUACCCGCCCAUGCACGUCGGCAACGUGCUGGAAACGAGCUUGACGCUGGGCUCGCCCAUAAUGACGCCGCUGGAGGUGCCCAGUACCAACAGUAAGAAGAUCGACGACGAAUCGGAGAUUUUGAACCAGGUGGUUCCCAAAAACGUCGACCUGCCCAUCACGAUAACGGACCCGAACAUAUCGCAAACGGUCGCGCACCAACAGCAAAAUGCCGCAGGGUUGAUAGAAUUGGCGCUGCCCAUCCCUGAGAACGUGGUGGGCGCGAACGACAUUAACAGUCCCACGUCGUACGGGUAUGUCCUGCCUAGUUUGGACGAGGCCGUGGGAAUGGUGGCGACGUCGCAGAAGGCCUUCGGCAGUAGCAUGCCGUUGUUGACGGAGGACCUUGUCACGGAGGGUGAAAGUAACGGUUCGAUUGAGAAAGAGCCCUUGUUGAUCGAAAAAGCUUUAGACAGUGAUCAAAACACUUUCGAUUCGUUGCCAUUGUUACAAGAAACAGUAGAAUCCACGAAAGAUGACGUGGUAAAGCCCGGUUCUUUUGGAUCUAUCGGUUCUAUGCCGAUGUUGACAGACGACGUGGUGGAGGACAGUACGUCUAGCGUCGAAUCGACUAAACCAUCCAGAGCGUCGCCGAAACACAGGGAGCGCGACAUCGUCAACGAGGGCCUGUGCACCCUGGGGGGCGAAAUGUGCAGCUCCCUGAGCGAGCCGCCGCCGGACAUGUUCGACCUGGGCUCCCUCAUGGCCACCCCGGCCCCCGCCAAAGAGGAGGAGGUCUCUAGCGACCGAUCGUCGUCGUCCGUGCCCGAAGAGACCACGACCACGUCGAUCUCCUCCCCCGGCAGCAGCGAAACGUCGGUCGGGGAAAUACCGAUUCAGCCGCCGAUCGUGGCAACGUUGAACGACCUGAAGAGGCCGGGCGGGGAUUCCCCCGACGAGGAACAGACGGAAAAAAGGUUAAAGUUUGACGAGGACUGUAAGUAAGGCUGUAAAUAAGAAUAUUUUUGUAAAUUUUUCUCGUUUUUUCUCAUCUAAAGAUUGUCGGACCGAAGAGCUUGUGUUUAUCUUUAGUUUGUAUCAUAACAUUGUUAUUAUUAUGUACGUUUUUUGUACAUAUAUCCUCUCUUUCCGGAAAUGAGAGAUUAUAUUAAAUGCUUUUUUUUCUAGUAGUUCUACAGGAGCAAUACGGAUUUUUAAACAGUCAAAUUUUUGUAGUUUUCUGAAUAGGAAUGUGAAAAUAGAUACAUAAAUGUCAAAGUUAAAUAAAAAUAAAACGCCCGAUUUUUAACAUUACAAAAAAUAAGUGUACCUAUCGACUGUUUAAAUGUUCUGCUACAAAAAACACCUCCCUGUAUAUGUGCGUUGCUUGCUGUUUAAAAAUGUUACUUAUAUAUUGCAUGUAUAUAUAAAAUAAGAUCCUUUAUUACAUAUCGCACUACAUCAAAACGUUUAUUUAUCGAAAGACACUUUAAAAGGAGUUUUAGUUGAUUCAGAGUGACAAAAAAAAGAUUUUGUUUGGUGUAUUAAAAAAAGAAAAAAUCAAAAUUAUAAAUAUGUAAUGUUUAUUAAACAAAAUUGAAUUUUUAUCAGUGAAAAAAGUUGUAUAAAAAUUGUUUCAAUAAAAUAUCUAUUUUCUAAUUUAAAAACUUUUUUUUGUAAAACAGUUUACGAUGUAUUUUUUUUAUUAAAUAUCCUUAGGUUAAAAGCAGCGUACAUACGAAUAUCGAUUAUAUAUAUUUUUCGAUAUUUAUUUCCCUAGUCAAAAACACUGGCAGCAAAAAAAACGGCGUCGAUUUACCUUAGAAGUGACCAUCGACGACAUUUUAUGUGUAAAAUUCAUUCAACGACCGACCAGUCGUUACUAAGGUCACUCGACGCCGUUUUUAUCGUAUGCUGCUUUUUUGUUCGGAAACUGGCGUCAUGUUGGUUUAUAAAAUGACUGCAACUAUCAUUUUCAAGCCAACUGUGACGCCGUUUCUUUUUACGAUCAUAUUGUAUUGUAAAUUUCAAACAACUGUCAGUGUUUUAUAUAUCUAUAGUCUUUCCAGCAAG